ACGUCAAAUUAACGGUCCGCAGAGAAUAAGUGGCUGUUUACUUGGAAGGAAGAAGAAAGGCAUGCGCAUCCAUUUCUCGCCAAUAGUUUUAGUUCCACUCCCUCUCUCUCGUCUCCUUUUACUCCACGGCGGUAAACACAGCGUAAUCGCGAGUUUCGUGCCGCCGUCGAGAAGUAGCGUCCGGGCCGCUCACGUGGACAAGCGCUCGUGGAUUCCCGCCUUUUCCUCUUCUCUGAUUCCCGCCGCUCCGUCUCUCGACCUCCUGCUCAAAAGCCCUCGUCGCCUCUCUCCGAAGCCUUCGAUCUCCACCGCUAAUGGUGCCUUCCCGCCGCCUUAGCGGUCGCUCGCCGCUUGUUCGGAAGCAGAGCCAGAUCACCACCUUCUUCUCUCCCGGCCAGGCUUCCAAGCGAAGCCCUAAUCCUAGCCCUAAUCCCAGCCCAAGUGCCGAUCCCUCUCCGCCCCAACCCAAGGAGAAGAAGCCGCGGCUCGUGAUCUCCCCUUCCUCCUCUCCCGGUGCCAACACUCCUCCCUCUGCCGCCAAGAGUGGCUUCUCGGAGGAUGUGGUCGGUAGGCGGAUCAAAGUCUUCUGGCCCCUUGACAAGGUCUGGUACGAAGGGAGGGUCUCUUCCUUCGAUGCUUUGCAAGGGAAGCACCUGGUCCUGUAUGAUGACGGAGAGGAUGAGGCGCUUGAUCUUAGCAGAGAGAAGUUUGAGUGGGUGGAGGAGGAGCCGCCAAGAAGGCUCCGUCGGCUGAGGCGGUUGUCGUGCACGGUGGAGAAGGAUUGUAACUCAGGGAAUGUGGAGGAUGGGGUUGGCGAGGAGGAUUCUAGUGGUGACGAGGAAUGGAGAAAGGUUGGGGGAAAGGACUCGGAGGAAGAUGACUCAGAUGAGGUGGAAUUGGAGGAUGAGGACGACGUGGUUGUGGCGAACUCGAGUGGCCGGUCCAGGACAUCUACAGGUUCAAAGAAAAGGAAGAAGAUGGACGUUGAAAGCUUAGAUUGUACUAAAAAAUUAAAUUUUGGUGGAAAUGGAGGGAAGAUUAUGAAUAAAUCCUCCCCAUGUGCAGCGGAAAUUACUUCCUUUUGCUCACCCUUGACUAGUGAUAAGAGGGCACAAAUCCAGACUGCUAUUAACAACAUUCUAACUUCUGAAGUAGCCGAACGGUUUGAGAGACGAGAAGCAGAGAAGUUCAGAUUCUUGCGGGUAGGGCGUAUGGAUGCUAAAAGGAGAUGCCCUGGAGAUGAAAACUAUGAUCCAAAAACUCUUUAUUUGCCACCUGAAUUUUUGAAGACCUUGUCAGGUGGACAGAGGCAAUGGUGGGAAUUCAAGUCAAAGCAUAUGGAUAAGGUUUUAUUCUUCAAGAUGGGGAAGUUCUAUGAAUUGUUUGAGAUGGAUGCUCAUAUUGGCGUUCGAGAACUUGAUUUGCAAUAUAUGAAGUUGGAAGCUAUUGAUGGAGAUGAUAGCAUCCACCUUCUUGAUUUUCUUCACCAGGUUCUUGUUGUCCAAGCUAGAAGACAAAUAUUAAGAGGACCAGGGGAUAAGAGAUUAUGGAAAGGAAGGGAACACAAGCUAACUAUACAUAAUUUAUAUGUAUAAUACCAAGGCCUUAUCCCCAAUUUGAAACACUAUAAACAUCAAU